ACGACGUCUUUCCCCAAAAAAUCCCCAACUGCAAUUUCUCCAGAUUUCAAAAAAUGGCCGGAAGACUGAGCAGUGCGGCGUCCAAAAUCAUGGGCGGAAACGGCGUCGUCCACCGCUCCAUCACCUCCUCACUCCGCCUCCGCGCCGGCAUGGGCCUCCCCGUCGGCAAACACAUCGUCCCCGACAGACCCCUCCCCGUCAACGACGAGCUCACCUGGGACAACGGCACCCCCUUCCCCGAGCCCUGCAUCGAUCGCAUCGCCGACACCGUCGGCAAGUACGAAGCCUUGGCCUGGCUCACCGGUGGCCUUAGCUGCUUCGUCGGCCUCGGCCUCCUCGCCGUCUGGAACGACAAGGCGUCCAAGAUUCCGUUCGCCCCCAAAGUGUACCCCUACGACAAUCUACGAGUCGAGCUCGGCGGAGAACCCUAGAGGGAUCACUGGGCUUGUUAUCAUUGUGUGGUAAUUUCUUGUUGAUUUAAGUGCAUUUUCGUGUUUGAAAAAUUUGGUUGUCUUUGAAUAAUGCUGUGUAGUUGAAACUGUGAGAGCAGUUGUAUGUUUUGGAUGAUGCCAUCUCGGAACAAAUUGCCUGUUCGAUUUAAUUUGGAUCAGGUUCUCUGAUUUUAUAUGCAGUUUUUGGUAUGUUGUAA